AUGAUUUCUACGAACGGCCAGGUGUCUGAGCCUGUGAACGACGAUGGCCGGAACAACGUCACCUCCCAGAAAGCUCGCGACAUUCUGGAAGCCUGCAAGUGGAGGAACACGGCAGCUCUCCAGGCGCUGGCUGCCACGGAUUGCGGCUUCAUGACCGAUGAUCUCCGAAGGCAAGCAUGGCCGGUCCUUUUAGGAGUGCCUUUCGAGAAGGAUGACCUCGACGAUACAGAAAAACCCCAGACGGGCGGUGAUUGGAAAGAGCUGCCACGGCACAGAGACGAGGACCAGGUCCAGCUGGACACCAGACAGAAGCUGAACUCGAUCGCCGCAAACGAGAGCUUUCCGACCUCAUCACCGAAGUCCUUCGCCGCUAUCCAUACCUCUGCUACUUCCAAGGCUAUCACGACAUCUGUCAAGUCUUCCUGCUCGUCCUCUCGGCGCCACUACGCGCCCCUUCGCUUGCGCGCCUCUCCGCCCUCCGCAUUCCGCGGACUUCAUGCUGACGAAGCCUCCGACCCGACCGUCGACCACGCUCCGCUGAUCCCCGACAUUCUCGCCGGCCGCGACCCCUUCCCUCAAACCACUAACUCGCCGGCACGGAGCCCUUCUUACGCCCCUCGCCCGGCACCCUCACAAUCCCGUCUUUCAGCGUCUACAAUGUUCGCCAGCAUCGUCCUGUCGCGCCGCGACGAACUUCUCGAGCUCGCCCAGGACCCGGACAACGACCCGGCGGCUCCUCCAUCUCGCCCUCUCCAAAGUGCCCCCAGCACAAUGGAACUCGAGCGGCCUCAUCGCCGACACGUCCGCCCUAUUCGCCGCCCACCCAGCGCGCUCCCUCCCGGCGUGGCGCCGCCGCAUAUCGGAGGCGAGCUGCCUCAAAGACGGCGCGCGACCUCGACGCGUGCACCCGCCAAAACGAUGCAGGAUGGCGAGGCCUUUGUUCCACCGCCAGCUGGAGGAGCUGCGGGCCGCCGAGCGCAGGAAGAAGAUCCUCGCCACGCUGUGGGCCUAUUCGCCGCGGCGCCGGCGCCGUGA